AUGGACACUAUACAUCUACAAGAAGAAUAUGAGGCCCUUACUAGGGAGUUACUAGAGGAAUUAGGCAAGCUCUACCUCUUGCAAAAUGACAGUGGUGUCCUGGACCCCGUGGACUUUGAGGCAUACAUACAACAACAGUUUGCAAUAAUAAUGAAUGGUGCAACUACCAGUCUCUCACCUGGAAAUAUCUUAUAUGAGCGUCUACGACAGCUACGAACUCUCAACCAUACGAAAGAUAAGGGCGUGCUCGAACAACUGGAAACCCAAUGGAAUCUCAUACAAAAAUUCACCGAAGCACGCACUAAAUACACUCAACUUGUUAAAGAAACCAAGUUAAACUAUAACCAGCUGAAGGCUCGUCAGUACAUCCAAGAUCAAAACCUACAAACUUCUAGAGAAGACCCCAAAACCACCCAACUACAUGAAUUACUACUCACAUUGAUCAUACAAGGCGGAUACCAAGGUACAAGUGAUAAAAUCGAUCAGUGGUUACAAGAUUUAACAACUUGA